UAUUGGGUUUGCAGACAGAGCGGGAGCAGCUGGGAGCCCGCCGGGUAGGGCCGCGAGCUCAGCGAGAGUGCGCAGAGGCCUCGGCGGCAGGUGCAGGCCCUUGGCCCUGACUCCAAGUCUCUCCGGACCGGAAUAGCGGUCAAGGAAGCCACCGGCUUCAGGUGUCUUCUCAGGAAGAGCAACAGGGGAGAAAAAUGGCCAAGAGGUUGCUGCCAGCCCAGGUUCAGGAGCCUGUGACAUUCAGGGAUGUGGCCCUGUUCUUCAGCCAGGAUGAGUGGUUGCAUCUGGACUCUGCACAGAGAAGCCUGUACCGUGAGGUGAUGCUGGAGAACUACAGCAACCUGGCCUCACUGGGGAUCCAGGUUUCAAUACCUCGGGUGAUUCACAAAUUGCAGAAAGGACAAGAUCCCUGCAUGGAAAGAAAAGACCUUGAAGACACCUGCUUAGAUUUCCAGAUUUGGCCAAGGGUAGAAGCACUGCCUUCCAAACAAGACGUUUUUAUUGAAGAAACAUCUCAUGGGUUAAUAAAGUAUGAAUCCACUGAGGGUACUCACUGGAAAACUAACUUUGGAGAAGUUGUGAAAUCUCAGAGCCUAAUAACACAGGAACAAGAAAAGAAAGUUCAUGAGCAGGAGGCGGCUUCACCCAAGGAGACUCUCAGUGAAGAUGGAAAUUCCACAGACCCUGAGCUGGGAAAACCAUUAUUUAUCAGUGAAGCACUUGUCUCACAAGAGAGUGAUCCCCAAGAAAGGGUACCUAGUAUGUAUGACACUGUGGAGAAAGAUUUACCACAGGAUUUUGAUUUAAUGAGAAGCUUCCAGAUUUACGCAGGAAAAAAACCUUAUGUCUGCAGUGAAUGUGGGAAGGCUUUUAGUCAAAGUCUCCAUCUUCUUGAGCACCACAGGAUUCACACUGGGGAGAAACCUUACAAGUGUAACGAGUGUGAGAAAUGCUUCAGCCAUAGAUCUUCUCUCCUGGCUCACCAGAGAACCCACACCGGAGAGAAGCCAUACAAGUGUAGUGAGUGUGAGAAAGCAUUCGGCAGCAGUUCCACACUCAUCAAACACCUGAGGGUGCACACUGGAGAGAAACCUUACUGUUGCCGGGAAUGUGGGAAGGCCUUCAGCCAGUGUUCAACUCUCACUGUGCAUCAGAGGAUUCACACUGGAGAAAAGCUCUAUAAAUGUGCUGAGUGUGACAAGGCCUUUAAUUGCAGAGCAAAGCUCCACAGACACCAGAGAAUCCACACAGGGGAGAAACCCUACAAAUGUGCUGAGUGUGGGAAAGGCUACAGUCAGUUUCCAUCCCUAGCUGAACACCAGAGACUCCAUACUGGAGAACAGCUUUGCCAGUGCUUGCAAUGUGGGAGAACCUUUACACGUGUCUCUACCCUUAUUGAACAUCAGAGAAUUCAUACUGGGCAGAAACCAUAUCAAUGCAAUGAAUGUGGGAAGACCUUCAACCAGUAUUCAUCCUUCAAUGAACAUCGGAAGAUUCAUACUGGGGAGAAACUUUACACGUGUGAAGAAUGUGGGAAAGCCUUUGGCUGUAAAUCAAACCUUUAUCGACACCAGAGGAUCCAUACUGGAGAGAAACCCUAUCAGUGUAAUCAGUGUGGAAAGGCCUUCAGCCAGUAUUCGUUCCUAACUGAACACGAGCGAAUCCAUACUGGAGAGAAGCUCUACAAAUGUAUGGAGUGUGGGAAGGCCUAUAGUUAUAGGUCAAACCUUUGUAGACACAAAAAGGUUCACCUUAAAGAAAGGCUCUAUAAAUGGAAAGAAUAUGGAGCACCUUUUAUCUAUGGAUCAUCCCUUACUCCGUAUCAGAAAUUUCUGAGAGGAGACAAGCCCGAGGAUUUUAAUUCAUCCCUCUAAUCCAAGACAGCAGCCAGAAGAGUAACUAGAGUACAAAUCCAAAUAGAUUUCAACUUUUUUACUUUACAACAAAUACUUACUACUAAAUCAUAUGCAGUUGAACAGUGAAAAUACCAAGAAUGGUGAUGGCAACCAUUUAAGAUUUAUUACAAAAAAAAUUGAAUAUCAUUUUUUAAAUUCAUAGAAAAAGUAUGAAGGCCUCAUUUAAAAACAAAACACAUGAGUAACUGUUUCAUAUAAACAUUGUUUCAUGACUUUUCUUUUCAAGAUGGUCUCUGAAAUAGUUGAUAAUAUGAAGAAUUGUGGGGCCUCAGUCCCUAAAACGGUGAGCUGGUCUAGGGAGAACUCGUUUUCAUAAAGAGCCACUGCAGAGGAAGAGAAUAAUUUGUUGUUUAUCAACAAUAGAACUCUUUAUGAAGUGCCCCUUAUACAGCAUACAUGUUUGUAUGUAUGCAUAUAUAUUCAUAUAUACACAUAUAUGAUUUUAUGUAUUUAUGGUCAUGUCAUUUAAUAGUGAGGAUACAGUUUGGAAAUGCUCCAUUAGGCAGUUUCGUCUUUAUAGAAGCAUCAUUGUACUUGCACAACCCUAGAUGGUCUGGGUCAGCUAAUCAGCAUGAUCUCUUGAGGUGAUUAACAUACCAUACUUUUAAAAAAAUUGAGAUUAUAAUUUAAUUACAUUUUUCCUUUCUCUUUUUCCAUAUGCAUAUAUCCAUACUUUUAUAGUAUUUUUUAUUGAUUUGCUAGUUUAUUUUAGAUAGGGUCUCACUAUGUAGCCUAGGAUGGCCUUGAUCUCAUUAUAUAGCUCAGACUGACUUUGAACUUGUAGUCUUAUUGCAUCAACUUCCCACAUACUGGGAUUGCAGUCAUGAGCCAUCAUGCUUGGUGUAAAUUUUAUUAAUAGGAUGUGUACACUCUAAAAUAUAGAUAAAAAUAUAGUAUAGCAAGUGAAUAAAUUAGUAAUAUAGUUUGUCACCAUCAUCAUAUGUCAUGUACUGUACAUAGUUGUGUGUGCUGCAAUGUCAUCUGGCUGCCAGCACAGCAGGUUUAUUUGCACAAGUGAGUAUUGAAUUGUGCCUAAGGUGUUAUGAUGGUUAUAAAGUCAUGACAGCUCUGAUGUCAUUAGACAAGUGGGAAUUUUCCAGGCCAGUUAUAGUCUAAUGAGACCACUGUGAUAUAUGUUGUCUAUCAUUGACCAAAACAUCAUCAUAGGCAAAUGGCUGCAUGCACAUACUCUCAUAUACAGGGGUAGAUGUGUGUGCCAAUGUGUAUACUCUGUUUACUAACUUAGAAUUUACUUUUUCAAAUUAAAUACUUCCCCAAAGGGAAACUUUCA